UAAAUCGCGACGCGAUUCAACAUGGUGGCGAUCAGCUGUCUUCUGUCACAAUGAUGUUCAUGUCGACGAGUGCGAGCGGAUUACUUCGGUUGAUCGCGGUGCGCGCGCGCUGCCACUGAUCGCGAUCGGGUCGCAGCGGCUCUCAAAUUCGGCGCGUUCAGUGCUCUCCUGCCGAUCUGCCGCUUCGGGAUUUGCGUCUUCCGGUUGUUGACGCGCGUGCGACGACACGGGACGGCGGAUACGACGCGCUCGCUCAUUCGCACGCCCGAAGCGAGAGCGCGACGAGUGGACGCGCAGCCUAUCGCACAAAAGCAAUAUGGUGACUGACCGACCGAUCGGCUGUCGGGGGUGAUCGAGAGAGCGCACAUUCGCGGGGAAUGUUUAAUAAUAUUGUCAUCGUCGGCCGUGUGCGUCGGUGAGCGCGAGUGAUGAACUUGACGUGAUCCGGAGCCUCCUUCAAGGCUAAAGAACGUGGGAAUCAUGUGCGAUGUGUGCGUCGACUUUCACGAUCUUCUGCUCUCCUAUGACGAACGUUCGUCAAAGGAACAAGAUGCAUUGGCCACAUUAUGCGUAACAGAUGUGGACACUACAUUGCACUAUGUUAAUCAGUGGAUUCAAAGGCAAUGUAUGUGCUGUUAUCGCGAAAUUAAGAAUUUUGAUCGGUUCAUAAGGCUGAUCCAAAGCGUUGUGCUCUGUACGCUGCAACAGUUGCAAGCUAUACAGCAAAAUGGACAGCAGACGAAUGUCGCUAAGGAGAUUUCCGAGGAGGGAAAAGACGAAGAUGAAGAUAAGAGCGAUAAGCGAAAAUCGAGCGAUAGUGUGGAGCAUGCACAGGUGGAAAUUCAGACGAAACAAACUUGGUCCCAGCAGGACAGGGAGAAACUGUUUCAUCUUCUCUCAAAGAUUCUCGUGCUGAAUUUCCCUCUUUAUCUUGCUAUGAAACACGGUGGUGUAAUUAACCCGUUGGCUCCCGUCAAGGAUGAAGGCGGUUACUGUGAGCCACACGAUCCCGAGGUGCCGGCGCCGCUGAUUCGCGCGGUAUCCAUAUUUUGCCACCAAGGAGGUUUCAAUCUGAUGUCCGCCUGCUUCGAUAUGGAGAAUACACUGCCCGUUAGUCUUGCGCACGCCAUGGUCGCGGUAGUUUGUAAUUUGAAACUGUGGCUGAACUACGGCAGCGUCAUACAGUUGUUUAUACCGUUGCGCAGUCGCGUUAUGAAGUAUAUGUGCCGUUUAGGUGACAAGGAGUUGCGUACUCCAGCCGUUAGGACCAUGGCUGAUUUCAUGUGGACCGCGGUGAAGGAUCCGAUAGACGCUGUACUACCGAGCUUCGAUCGCGACGGACUCGAUCUGGCAUUCAAAUAUUUCACCAGCACGACGUUAACCAUGAGGCUAGCUGGUGUAGGUCAGAUAAACGCUCAUAUCACUGCGUCCAACGAGCUUUGCAACAGCGAGACUGUCGCCGAGGUGGAGCAAGUCGGACACGCGCUCGCUGCUUGGUUAACUGAGAACAACAUCAUAGCUCACAUAUUCGGACCAAACUUGCACGUGGAAGUGAUCAAGCAGAGUCACAUUAUCUUGAGCUUUCUGGCGAUGGAAGGCAGAAUCACAUCCUCGGACAUGGACACCAUGUGGCAGGCCGCGCAGCUUAAACACUGCGGCCGUCCAGUUUACGAUCUGCUGGCUCCUUUGGUCAAACAUCUCGCACCCACUCCCGUACUUCAUUUGUACUCUUUGCUAGGUAAAUUAGAACCUAAGGACCACACGGAGCAAAGUCUGUUCUUAGCCUCGGCUUUGAUCAAGUUCAUUUGGACGUCCGGCGGCUCAGUGGCCUGUCCGAGAAGUAUGGUAAUGAAGAACAGAGAGAUUCUCAGGAGCAGCGGCGGAGUCGGUGGUGGUAGCAGUAGUAGUGACCCGAGCGGAAUGGACGCCAGUAGUCCCGAAGACGACGAAGAGGAGGAGGCUAGUCCAACACCAUCUGACGGGCCUUCGUCUAGGAAGCAAGCGAGGGCUGACAGCAGCGAUGGGGAAGGUACAUUAUACGUUCGAUCUUUGACGGGACAUUACAAAGGAAAAUCUUUGACGACCACGACCAUCGAGUCGAGUCCUACUGAAAUCGAAGGUCUCCAUUCCGAUAAAUCUGAGGGCAACGGGGAAUUGGUUAAGGAACACUCAUCGACGAACGUUAUCCAGGACGAGACGAAGAACAAGCAAAGCGGAUCCGAUGCUGAAGCGGACACGGAGAAAUCCAACACGGAGGAAACAUUUCUGCACGAGAAGAAGAAGCGGAAGAUCCUACGUAAGCGAAAGAGACCUCAGAAACGUUCAUUGAACGCCGUCGAGCAAACUUUGGAAGACAUCGUCGGUCAAGAGACCAAUGUCAAGUCGAAGAAUCUGUCAGUGGACGCAAAAAGCAGAACGGAGGACGUGUUGAACGGUGGUCUGCACGUAGGCGCUUUAGCCUCUUUGGACGAGCCGAAGGGCGUGGAUGCGUUAGAUCGCGUGAAGCAACAGGCGAUGGCUCUGGACCCGAGCGAUCAACAAGUUCCUACCACGGCGGCGCUCUUGAGACGCGCCAACAAAAACAAGUAUAUGCCACCGUUAGUGGGUUAUAAUGGAAUCGAUCGAGCAGCCGAUUCAGCGGAUAGUUCGCACGAUGAGGAUGACAGCGAUGUAGCGGGAGUGCUUGCUGCUGCGGACGGUCCCGGUGCGGUGAUAUCCGAGCUCGCUGGUCUGGUGCACGCGACUGGUCCUACAUUCUUACCCUCGGGUUUAGAUGAGAUGCUGUCUGACGAGGAAGGCUCGUACAGUAGCAGAAUAUCGAACAAGAGCGAGAAGAAUAUGGCCGAUUUUGAUGGCGAAGAGAGUGGCUGCGAGGAAGAACUCGCUCAGUUGGCGGCGCGCCACCUCACCGCCAUACAAAUGCAGGCUUACCAUCCGCACCAUUCGCACUCCACUAUGACGAUCAGAAGAGCGGUUUGUCAGCCGCCACAGGUGCGAACUAUUCGGCAAUCGGUUGCGAGAUUGAGCUCACAGUUUAACACAGAAACGGUUUGCAAACCCGGCAACACGUUGCUAUGGGAUCUUCUGCAAGACGAUAAGAUUGGACAAUUGGGUGAAGGUUUGGCGUCGGAAGCAGAAAAAGCAUUGUGCAAUCUUCUGUGUUUCAACGUCGACCGUGUGAUCCCGGAGAAAUUCGUUGAGGGUUGCCUGGAAAAUCUGGCGAUGAACCGUUCCGUGGUCGUGUCACUGAGAUUGUUGCCGAAAUUGCUCGCGAGUUUUCAGCAAGUAGGCGCUGACCCGCACAAGGUAAUGCUAAAGGCUAACGACGAUGGCGGAAUGAUGAAGCAUUUCUUUAACAAUCUUAAAACUUACAUGAGCACGGGACCGAAGAGCAAUCUGUAUUCACAUCAAACGGAGAUACAGGUCAGACUGCAAUUUCUAUCGUCUAUUUUCUCACCCUUGGGCUCGCCGGAGACCUUUCGCUUGAGUCUGGAACAAGUGGACAUACUGUGGCAAUGCUUAUCACAAGAUCCGACUUGCGCAGACGAACUCUUCAGUUGGCUGUUGAGCCAGGCAAAAUCUACAGAACAACACGCUCUAGGAAUGGACACUCUGAAGCAUCUUUGUAUGCGCAAGUUACCGAGUUUACCGGCAGAAACCAUCAGCAUGACGGGGUUGAGCUUAUUUCAGCAAUUGUGCAACUUGGCGCGUCUGGCUGCAACACAUUACACCGGACUGCCGGAAGUGGACUCGGUAGGUAUGGACUUCUUGUGGCGGAUUGCGCUGAAAGCGAAGAGCACGGAUGUCAGUAUGGCGGCUAUACAAUAUAUCAAUGCGUACUAUAUCUCGCAACAACUCAGGAUGGAGGCGGAAUUCGUUUCUCAGUGCAUGACGCACCUCGCGGCAGCUAGCGCUGAUCUCGAGACGAACGAAGAAGCGAGUUUACGUUGUAUACAACGCGCCUUGCUCUUGCUGAGGACGCAUCUAGAAGCUUUUCGGAAACGUUACGCCUAUCAUCUGCGUCGUUGGAUGCUGGAGGGCAGAGGCGCUUUUAGCUACGUAGCUAUAAACACCUCCGACAAAGGUCAACAAUUGAGAAUCUUCGUGCAACCGGCUGGUAUACCAGAGAAGAUGAGUUUCAUCCUCUUCAACACGGACUACGUGGCUGACUUGAGGGCCGAAGUGGCUAAAUGGUGGGACGAUACGCAGAAUACUCAAGACAGGUCCGCAUCUUCCACCCAGAACGCCCGAGCGCCGAAUAGUGGCUCGGUUUUAGGAUCAUUGCUCAACGACGGCCCGAUUAGGAUGAUUACGCAAGGCCAAGAACUGACCAUCGACUUCGACGAAAAGACUUUGCAGGAGAUGGGUUUCAAGGACGGGCAACUAGUAUUUAUUUCACCCGGUGCCAGCAGAGGUGGCGCGAGUCGUUGCGGCGGCAAAUUAACGCGAGAAGUCGAAUCACCCUCGAUGAUACCGGCCCCGUCAACGGAUUCUGUGCCGACGUUAUUGUUGCUGCAACCGCAGUAUUUCGAGCAACUGUUCACACUUAUGAGAACCCUCAGCGCCAUGAGAACGACCGUGAAGGGCGGUCAGGAGAUUCCACACACGAAGGCGCAAGUGCUCUCGCGGAGAGUCUGGGACACGCUGACUCUCUUACCAACGAGUCCAACCUUGUUGCGAGGUUUCCAGAAACUCGGCGAGACGUCUCUUCAGGAAUUGUUUGAUCCGGCGAGUCCACAGAAAUUGAUGUACUCUUUAUACAUAGUCGAGUCUCUGAGUCGACGUGGUGUGACGAGUCAGCCGUUGACUAGCAACAAUCCUACCGUAUCAACCGCAGCGUCACAUGAAGGUGGCGGUGACGCCGACGACAAUCACGAAAAUAGAGAGAAGGACAUCGCCUGGUCCACGUUGUUCGUGCAACACGGCGGACUGCGGCAUCUCUUUGACAUCUUCAUGUCGGGUUGUCUGGAGCAAGGAGAUGGCAGCGAGUGGCAACAAGAUUGUCUCGCUAGUUUGCUGAAACAACUAUGUCAUCUUGGAGUUGUAAAGGAGGACAAGAAGCGCCAAAAGCCCGACAAACUAUUGGUACCUAAACUCAGUGAAGCGAUGCUGCGAAUGAUGAACGUCGAUACCGUGAUGUCGCGAAUUACCAGCAUUUUGAAUGACGCCUCGUUGCCGCUCGAUCCGAAUCACUACAAGACUGGACUCUUCGGUCGUUCGCAGGUAAUACACUACGUGAUGGCGUUACUGGUCUGUUGGGUGCACAGCGAUCCGGCAGUCAGAUUGUACCUCUUUUCGUCUUCUGAGCCGUUCGGGAAAACGUGGCUGCGCAGACUGGUAUUAGAGGAUCCUGAGCCUGCAGUGAGACGCGAAGUGUGCACAGGAUUGUACAAGUUGUGUCUGGGUACUACCGGCGCGGCGGACGACACCACAGAUGUUCCAGGACUGUUGGUGCCCAUGUUGAACACUCUACUGGAGCAUCUUGUGAUCGCUGAGGCUAUGCAGCCCUCUCAUCGCAAGCCGGACUUACCGUUGCAUUUGCAUCCUGUGUUGGACGAUGGAAAGGAACCCUAUGGACCGGCUUGUAGGGAUUUCUUCUGGCUACUGUGUCGCCUUGUGGACUCGUUACCGAAGGCGUCUAGCUGUACAUCCGCUCAUAACGCGGCGUUGUUAGUCGAAUUGGCAAAAUCAACGCCUGCGACGAUUCGGGAGGGCCAAGACGACUCCACCAGCGCCACCAGCAUCGACCUGGAAGCGUUGGCGAUACGAGUGAUCGAUUCUGUGUUGAACAGGGAGCACCUGGAGAUGCGUCACAAUACGGUGGAGGACGACGCGCUGGUCGGCUUGCUGAACCUUACGUGCAACAUCAUGGCGCACAACCCGCCCUGCAAGCAAGGCAAGAUUGGUCAGAAUUUGUUGGACGAAGUGUUUGAUUUCUUGUUCGCAUUGCCUAAUCCGCGUAGCAAGCAUGUGCCGAAAUGCAAGAGCCAAGUAUCCAGGUCCGCUGCUUUUGAUCUGUUGGUGGAGCUAGUGAAAUUCGCACCUGGUAAUUACAGGAUACUGCACGAGAAACUGCUCGCACAGCAUCGUCCGGGACCGCACUCGCCGUAUCCGUGGGACUAUUGGCCGCAUGAGGACGGCCGCUCCGACUGCGGCUACGUCGGCCUUACGAAUCUGGGCGCGACGUGUUAUAUGGCCAGUUGCAUGCAGCAUUUGUACAUGAUGCCGCAGGCGCGUGUUUCCAUCUUGGGCGCUGAUUGCAACCGCGCGAACAAGCACCAGCUGACGUUGCGGGAACUGCAACGAAUGUUCGCUUACCUGCUGGAGUCGGAGAGGAAAGCGUACAAUCCGAGGAGCUUCUGCCGCGUGUACACUAUGAAUCACGAACCGCUCAAUACCGGCGAGCAGAAGGACAUGGCCGAAUUCUUUAUCGAUCUCGUCUCCAAGCUAGAGGAGAUGACGUCUGAUCUGAAGAACCUGGUGAAGACGUUAUUCUGCGGCGUAAUAUCCAACAACGUCGUUUCCCUCGACUGCGAGCACGUCAGCAGGACCUUGGAAGAGUUUUACACGGUCCGAUGCCAAGUGGCGGAUAUGAGAAACCUCUACGAGAGCUUGGAUGAAGUAACGGUCAAGGACACAUUGGAGGGCGACAACAUGUACACCUGUUCGCAAUGCGGCAAGAAGGCGCGAGCCGAGAAGCGCGCCUGUUUCAAGAAGUUACCGCAUAUAUUGUGUUUCAACACGAUGCGCUACACCUUUAACAUGGGUACUAUGCUGAAGGAGAAAGUGAACACGCAUUUUAGUUUCCCGCUUCGACUGGACAUGUCCGGUUACGUCGAGAAGAAGUUGAUGCCACAGCAUUGUCAGGACGAGAAGAAAGCAUCCGAGAAACGGAAGCUCGAAAGCGAUGGCCACGCGUUGCUAUCGGACGACGUGGAGGAGGAGGAGGAAGAGGAAGAGAUGGAGCAUUAUCUGUACGAUCUGAUCGGCGUGACGGUUCACACCGGGACAGCGGACGGUGGACAUUAUUACAGUUUCAUCAGGGAUCGCACAUCCCCUAACAAAGACAAGUGGUUUCUGUUCAACGACGCCGAGGUCAAGCCGUUCGAUCCAAAUCAGAUCGCUGCGGAGUGUUUCGGUGGCGAGAUGACCAGCAAGACAUACGAUUCGGUGACAGAUAAAUUCAUGGACUUCAGCUUCGAGAAAACCAACUCGGCGUAUAUGUUGUUUUACGAAUGGUGUGCCGAUCCCGGCGAGCAGACGAAGGAGGAAGAGGCCACCGUCUCGAGUCCCACCGCCACUAGCGGCCGCUCUUCCUCGUUGAUGCGCAAGGAUAUGAACAAGCUGCCACCGUUGGAGCUCAGCAAGGAGCUCGAGGACUGGAUCUGGCAAGAUAACAUGCAUUUUCUACAGGACAAGAAUAUAUUCGAGCACACGUACUUCGCGUUCAUGUGGCAGAUCUGCGGCUAUAUACCGCAGACCUUGCUUUCCAUGCAGCCGGACAUCACGGAGAUGUCCGCGGAACUGUCCACGUCCUUCUUCAUGGAGACGUUUAUACACGCCAAGGAGAAGCCGACGAUGGUGCAGUGGGUAGAGCUCCUGACGAAGCAAUUCAAUGCUUCAGCCGGCGCGUGUGCGCGCUUCCUCGAGCGCAUGGCCGGCGACUCGUGGUGGCCUAUUCAGAUUCUAGUCAAGUGUCCUAAUCAGAUGGUCAGGCAAAUGUUUCAACGGCUAUGCAUUCAUGUGAUUCAACGACUGCGCGCUACUCAAGCACCUCUGUACCUUCUCUGCGACGAGGAGAACGACGUCAACACCGUCGGCACCCGAUCUUGCGUCACGAGAUUCGUCCGCAUGUUGCUAUCGCUCAUGGAACACGCGAAGCAGCACCUCAAGCACCUUACGGAAUACUUCAGCUUCCUCUACGAGUUUAGCAAAAUGGGCGAAGAGGAGACUGUCUUCCUCAUCCGUGUGCAAGCCAUUUCCACGAUGGUGAACUUCUAUCUCGGUCACAAAACGCACGAGUUCGUCGACGCGGUCAGCGAAGAAGAGGAAGAAGAGGAGAUUGUCACUGUACCUACGGAGAAGCUCCGAUCUGCUUCAUUGGACAAGAUGAUCACGCUGAUAGCUACCUUGGUCGAACGCAGUAGAGGGCCAGAUCACAGAUUGGCGUUGUCGCCUGCGGAUCUUAGCGCUGUCGCAGGCGGCAAGGGUUUCCCCUUCCUGUAUCAACAGACGCGGGACCUCAUCAAUCUCAGUCAGACCAGGAACUUGAUACAGUCGUUGUGCCGUUGGAAUGAUCGACUGGCAAUACAUGUGGUCACGAUGAUCUUCCAAGCGAUAAUGAAGCACACCGACGUGUGUCAACCGUUUUUCAAGCUGCUUACCUUGCUAACCGAAAGCUCCGGACCGAGCGGACUACCCUGUAUGACUCAGCUGAUCCUCAGCAGGGUCUGGGAAGCGGCGAGGGUUGCUCCGCAUGGCGCCCUUGAGUGGUUGGCCCUCGCGGUCACGAGAAGCAAGUUAGCGCAUGCAUGGGUGCUGCAAGGUCUCGACACGUGGCUGCAGCAUUUUCUCCUCGAGCACUCCAAUCAGAGAGUUCGUUCAGCCGCUGCUUUCCUGCUGGUGUCGUUAGUCCCAUCUACACACUUUCGACAAGGCUACCGUAGUGCACAUCGCCUCGGUUUGGGCUGCAACGCCUCUAGAGAACUUCAGCUGUCGCCGGAAGCCACUCUAAUAUUGCAUCAGAUCUACACGGCGCUCCUGAGGCUGCUGCAACCCGCGAGACAUUACAUCGACAUACAAACUCAUGGUACAAUGAAGCUCACUGCCUAUUUCGCAUUGCUCACAUACUGCGUAGUCUCUAAGACCGAAAAAUUAAUGUUUGGCCAAUAUCUUAACGAUCUGUGGACUCUCUUCCAUCCGAAGCUCUCGGAACCGAGCAUUCCGGUGCACCAUAAUAAACAAGCGGUACUUUUGUUCUGGUACCACGUUUGCUCCAAUUGCCCGGAGAACGUCGCUAUGAUACUUCAUAAUCCGCAUAUAACGAAGAACAUUGCAUUUAACUACAUACUAGCCGAUCACGAAGAUCAAGAUGUCGUGCUGUUUAACAGAGUUAUGUUACCCGCUUAUUAUGGCCUCUUGAGGCUUUGUUGUCAGCAAUCGCGUACUUUCACAAGACAAUUGGCCGCGCAUCAGAAUAUUCAAUGGGCUUUCAAAAACAUAACACCCCAUCCUACUCAGUACUCAACAGCGGUGGAUGAAUUAUUCAAACUGAUGCAAUUGUUGGUCCAAAGGCAUCCUGAUCAAACAGAGCAAGAGGAAGCGGAAAUUGCGUCAUUUAGAAGAGGCACAUUGUCCUCCUAUUUACAGGGGCUGGAUGGUCGUUCGUGUUGGGCGACUCUUAUCUCUGCUUUUAGAAUCCUCAUCGAGUCGGAUGACGAUCGUUUAUACGUUGUUUACAACGGCGGCCUAAGCAUGGCCCUCGAAGCGUUUCAUAUGUUACACAUCAUGUAUCACGAAGCAACGGCGUGUCACGUUGCUGGCGACUUGGCAGAGUUGAUCGCCAUCAUCGUAGAGCUGGUGCGUUGCAUUCGAACCGCCAGAGACGGUCCGGACGCGAGAAAUAUUCUCGCGAACUGCAAGGAGUGGCCGGAUGUAUUGCGUAAACUGGCGACGUUGUUAAACACAUACAAUCCGCCGGACAUGAGAAAUCUGGCUAUCGACUUGUUGAAGGAACUCGUGAUGCUCGUCCCCGCCGAUGCAAUACUAAUCUUAGCGCCGUUACUCUCACACUGCCACGCAGCUCUUCAAGAGUCCCAUGCUGCUGUCCCGCCUGGUCCAUAUCUACCACGAAGAUCCACUCCGCCUGGAAAGAUGCCCACCAGACCCGCCAGGCCGAUGGUGCAGAUGGCGGUGCCUCAUUCGCAGCUGGAAGCGUCGAAGGGAGUCGAUCCAGAGUAUGAUAGCGCGUUGCUGGAGUUUUACCUACCUUAUCACGAGCUCAUAGAUGUCAUGUGCAGAUUAGCCAUCAAUAAUGAUUGCAUGACGGACACGCUGGUGAAUUUAAGCGCUAUGCUCGGCUUCGAGGGUGUCCCGCUGCAUUUGGCUUUGUUUCCCAGAUUGUGGUUAGACGUGCACGCCACCGCACACAUAGACAGGAAGCACAUAGCGUCUCUCCUUUGCUCCUCUUACACGGUGGACUACGUGGACGCGGUGUUACUGGAUGAGAGAUCGUCGUUGGGUGUACCGGCGAUACACGCCUUCCUCAAGACUUUCUUUCCAAAACUGGCCAGCCACGUGUUGACUGAGCAGACGUGCCUACUCAUUGACAAUCUGGUCAGUUCAAUGACGGCGAUGGUGGAGGCGGUAGACGUCGAGGCGUCCGCGCAGAGACUCACCGGUGACCUGCGCGCCCUGGCGCUCGUCUACAGCAGCAGUACAAGACUGAAGCCACCCGCUACUUUGUUGCCGGCGUUGGAGACUUUGUUAUCGCGUACACGGACUAUUACGGUGAAGAAGAGCAGCUCCUCGGAUGGCGAGGCGCCCACUAAAAAGCGCAAGAUCGUAAGCGACGACAGCGAGUCGGCCGACAAGGACCUGCGCGUCGUGCAGGUGAAGGACGUCGGUAUGGAGAAUAGCUUGUCGACGGAGGCGGAGGACAAGACGGACGUGAUGAAACACGGCGCGAUGUCUUCCGAACCUGGCGACGACAAAGUCGCCGCCGUCACCGUCGCCGCCCGGCAGAAGUCCAGCAACGUUCAAACGGAUGCGAUUGCCGGCGGCAUCAGCAACGUGUCGCCGAAUUUGGUCACCACCGCGAAUGCCUGUACAAAUCAAUUGCGCUGCACGUUAACCAACGUAUCCUGGCUCGAGAUGCUCGAGAGUACCAUCGUCGAUCUCCAGAUGAUCGUGCAAGUGCAGAGCAAGAAUAAUUAAUUUUUAUCUGCGGCCGAUAUCGAACGGUCCUUUGAACGAACGGUGCGCGUUGCACAGGCAGAUGGAACAGAUAUGAUGAUAAUGAUAAGAUAAUGAUGAUGUGGGACCGUCGUUGUUGUCCCUAAAUUUUUGACGUUCCCCUGCUCUUACGUGUAAUUGUAUGUGUGUGGUGUGUGCGUGAAUGCGUGCGUGCGUGAAAUGUGUGCGCAUAUGUUACGUUAGCGUGUAUGUGCGUGUGUAUGUGUGUGUCUGUCUGUCUGUCUCUGUAUAAUCUUACGUCGAUAAAAAGUUUACGUAACGACGUGAAUUCGCGCUCCAUCGCAAAAAUCGAAUGUAAUUUAGUAUGUAAUAAUGUCGUAAAGAAAGAAAAGUGUAUGUAUCGACCGCGAUUUACUUUCCAAAUAUAAGAGAAUGUAAAGUAUUUUCGUUACGAUUUAAGUUACGUUACACACAAAAGGCACAAAAAAAGGAGAGGAGAAGUCGUGUCGUGUGGUGUCGUGUACAUCCGGACUGAGUAAUUUUCACCUGAAAUGUUCAUUUUUUUUUUUUAGUGCUGUGAGAUUUGACCUGUCUCUUCGGGCAAACCGACAAACGUGACGCGCGUACUCGAACGUGCAAUAAAUAACGUAGACCAUCCAGUAUUCAAAAGAGCGCGAUUGUGCAAGGUAUAAUUAAGUCUUAAGGUACUCCGCAAACGCCACAAAUGCUAAUCGAGAGAAACCUUCGUUGACAACAUUACUAAUUAUUUCUAUGAUUUUGCGCUAUACUCGCGUGUGUCUGCUUGCUGCUGUACGUGUGUGUGUGUGUGUGUGUGUGUGUGUGAGAGUGGAUGUGUGUACAUGUGAAAGGGAUCUCACAGGGUUUUUUCGAGAAACAGAAAUCGCUGAAGAAAUAAGUGGGAGUGCGUACGAAAUCAUCAGUCGAAAUGUCCGUCGCGCUCGUGCGAUCAUGUCGCGGACACACUUCGUCCGUUUCUCGUUUCGACGUAUCUUCCAUUGUUCUCUUGCGUUUUGUGAUCCGCCUUAUUUCGAGAACAGAACAGUCCGUCAGGUUCCACCUUGAGCGAUUUCUCCGAACUAAGGUGAUUUCGCUUUCGAGGUAUGUAAAAAGAAGAUCAACAUUAUCUUUUCAUUUGUUUCUCCUCACCAUCGAUCAUAUGCAUUAUACACGAUGGAGAAGAGAGGGACGAAGGAGGAUAAUCUAUUAAUACGUGCGAGUGUGAUUGUGAUUCGAGUUGGGACUUGAACUUUAUUUCUGAUUUCUACGGAUUCUUAUAGAGACUUAGGUUCUUAGUGAAAUAGCGUAGGACUAUAUGAUUAAUAAAAUUCGCUAGUGUAUUUA